UGUGUGCUGGUCUGCAGGAUUCUCUUCAGUGUUUGAGGAGCUGCUGCAGCCGACACACCGAGUGCUGUUCUUCAGUUUUUAACUGCUUUAUUUUGAAGGGUCGGGAACAGGAAGUUAUCUGAGCUCAGCAGCAGGUUUUGAGAUCAAAUAAACAACAACAACAAUUUCUUCUGCUGUGCAGGAUGUCAGGUAACUGGUCCAUCGUGAGGCUGUCUUCAGAAGUUCCAUCUCUCAGCACUGUAGCUCCGCCCCCUCCCAACAUCUCCCAGUUCCCCCCUCUCCCUAACUGGGAGGCUCCCAGCUUCACUCGGGCUGCUCAGUUCCGUGUUGGAGCUACCUUCAUCCUUUUCCUGUUCGCCGCCUGCAGCAACCUCGCCCUAUUGGUCAGUUUGUGGUGUGGGCGGGGUCGGCGGCUGGCGUCUCACCUUCGUCCCCUGAUGUUGAGCUUGGCGUCGGCCGACCUGAUGAUGACGUUCGUGGUGAUGCCCCUGGACGCAGUGUGGAACAUGACCGUGCAGUGGUAUGGAGGAGACGUGCUCUGUAAGCUGCUCUGCUUCAUGAAGCUUUUCGCCAUGCACGCAGCCGCCUUCAUCCUGGUUGUCAUCAGCCUCGACCGCCAGCACGCCAUCCUGCAUCCCCUGGACGCUCUGAGCGCGCACCGAAGGAACCGACGUAUGCUACUGCUCGCUUGGAGCCUCAGCCUGCUGCUUGCUUCACCACAGCUGUUCAUAUUUCGGGCGAUCCGAUUGGAGGGUGUCGAGUUCACUCAGUGUGCGACUCACGGCAGCUUUAGACGCCGCUGGCAAGAAACCGUGUUCAAUAUGUUCCACUUCACCACGCUGUACGUCGUCCCCCUGCUGGUGAUGAGCUGCUGUUACAGCCGCAUCCUGCUGCACAUCCACCUGCAGCACCUGAGGAACAGAGCAGGUGAGUCGUACCUGCGGCGAAGUGGCACUGACAUCAUCCCAAAGGCUCGGAUGAAGACGCUGAAGAUGACCGUGGUCAUCGUGCUGUCCUUUGUGCUUUGCUGGACGCCGUACUACCUCCUGGGGAUCUGGUACUGGUUCCAUCCCAACAUGCUGCAGGUCACACCUGAGUAUGUCCACCACGCCCUCUUCCUGUUUGGUAACCUGAACACCUGCUGUGAUCCCGUCAUCUACGGCUUCUACACGCCGUCCUUCAGAGCCGACCUCGCUGCCUGCUGCCGCCGCAGGAUGGAAACAUCGCCGCGCUCUCUGGACCGCCUGUCUGCCAGGCCUCACAGCGGGGGGUCAGAGCCCCCAACCAACCAGCACCCUGCAGCGGACUGAUUGACCAAUCUGAGGACAGGACUGCAGUGAUGUCACAGUGAAACCCUGAAUCAGCAACAUGUAAAUAAAAACUCCGUUUUCUACUUGAA